UUUACGUUGUCUCAGGUUUUGGGAAGCCAUAAUGUGUAAUUGGGCUGUGACGACUGUGACACAUAUAACGUUCAUGGUCGCGUGUAGAUAUGUUUAGCGUUAACUGGGAAAUGCUUGUGAUUUAAAUGGUGUGAUGACGGCUGUGGGUAUCAAGCGGUUCGAACUAUUGGUUGUUAACUUGCCGUAGUCUAGUCAGUUUCGCCAGUGUCAGACACCGAACUACUUUGUUUUGUGUAGUGGUGUAGCAAGUGACAGUUCAGAGGAUUUGUUUUUUUGUAAUUAUUUUUUUAAAAAGUUUCAUUGAGACUAAGUGGGCCCUAACCACGUGAAGUAUGAAUCUGUCUCAGAACUGCGUGUUGGGCGUAUUCCUAAUAUUCCUCAGUCAAAUGAACCAGGGGACGGCGGAGGGCGGUGGCCACUGCGUGUGGUACGGCCAGUGCCACGAGGACUCGAGCGGCACGGCUCAGAACUGCGUCUACAACGGCCCGGCCAAGCCACUCAACACCUCCAAGGGCCUGCAGCUCCUGGAGAAGUGGUGCCCUGCCUUGGCCGCUGGCGGGGCGGAGGUGCAGACGUGCUGCGACACGGUCCAGCUCCAGAGGCUGGACCAGAGCAUCCUGCUGGCGGCCAACUUCCUCCAGCGCUGCCCGUCCUGUCUGCGCAACCUGGUCAGCCACAUCUGCGCCUUCACCUGCGCUCCCGACCAGUCCUCCUUCGUCAACGUCACCGAGGUGGAGCGCUCCAGCGACGGCAAGGAGUUCAUCACCGGGAUAGAAGUGUUCCUGACGGAGACGUACCUUGAGGGAGCGUACAACUCCUGCAAGCAGGUGUCUGUGCCCUCGACGGGUCAGCUCGCCCUGGACCUGAUGUGCGGGGACUGGGGUGCCAGUCGCUGCUCCCCCUUGAAGUGGUUUACCUUCAUGGGGGACAAGGAAAACAACCCUUUCGCACCGUUCCAAAUAAGCUACAUCCCCCUGAACUCGUCGACGGGGAAGUUCACGCCGAUGGAUCCCCCGGUGACGCCGUGCAGCCAGGCAAUCAGCGCGGACAAGCCGGCGUGCAGCUGCGUGGACUGCCAGGCGAGCUGCCCCGUGCCCCCGCCCCUCCCCCCGCCCGCCCAGCCCUUCCUCCUGCUGGGCGUGGACGGGGUGAGCGUCGUCAUGGUGGUGGUGUUCCUGUGCGGCUCCGCGGGCUUCCUGCUGGCCGUCUGCUUCUGCCCCAAGGCCAGCCGCAACGCCAUAGCGAGCUUCGCGCGCGGGGAAGGGGCGGAUGACAUUAGGCAUGCCGUGGGGCAACGUCUCGCCGGGAUCAACCAGUCCCGCAUCGCGCUGGGAGCGGACGAGGAGAGCAGCCCCCUGCAGUCGAAGAGGUCCAGUGUGACCAGCACGGACGACAUGAUCGUGCCGUCCGGAGGGAAGACUCGGGAGUCGACGCUGAUGGAGCGGCUGGGUGCCGACACGGGCUCUUGUCUGGAGAGGGCGUUCUAUUGGUGGGGUCUCAAGUGCGCGAGCUACCCGUGGCUGGUGCUGUUCCUGGGGCUCUGCGUCAUCACGGCCCUGGGCCACGGCAUCAAGUACAUGCAGAUGACCACCAAUCCCGUGGAGCUGUGGGCUGCCCCGCACUCGCGGGCCCGUGUCGAGCGAGAGUUCUUCGACAGCCACUUCGAGCCCUUCUACCGCACGGAGCAGAUCAUCAUCAGUGCCGUGGGACUGCCGCCGAUUGUGCACAACACUUCUAAUGGACCUAUCGUGUUUGGGCCUGUGUUCAAUCAAGAGUUCUUGUUAGCAGUCAAACGGUUGCAGGAAGGGAUUGAAUCUCUGGGCGUGAGCGACGGCGAGGGUCUGGAGAGGAUCUGCUUCGCCCCGAUGACCUCCGUGUUCACGGGCCCCACGCAGCUCAGCCAGUGCGUGGUGCAGAGCGUCUGGGGCUACUUCCAGGACGACGAGGACUACUUCAACGAGACGGACACGGACGCGUACGGCUUCACCAUCAACUACCUCGACCACAUCAAGAAGUGCUCGCAGAACAGCUACAACUCGGACUGCCUGGCGCAGUACGGCGGGCCCAUAGACCCGGCCAUCGCCAUGGGCGGCUUCCUGGAGCCGGGGCAGACGCUCCAGGACAACCCGGACUACGAGAAGGCCACCGCCAUCAUCCUCACCUUCCUCGUCAACAACCACCACAACAAGACCAAGCUGGGCCCGGCCCUUCGCUGGGAGGACAGGUUCCUGGACUUCAUGAAGAACUGGACGUCGUCGAGCAGCAAGCCGCCCUUCAUGGAGGUGGCCUACUCCACGGAGCGCUCCAUCGAGGACGAGCUGGACCGAGAGUCGCAGAGCGACGUCAUGACCAUCCUCGUCAGCUACAUGAUCAUGUUCGCGUACAUCGCGAUCGCGCUGGGCCAGCUGCGCUCCUGUGGCCGCAUGUUGAUAGACAGCAAGAUCACGCUCGGCCUGGGCGGGGUCCUGAUCGUGCUGGCGUCCGUCGUCUGCUCGGUCGGCUUCUUCGGGUUCGUCGGCGUGCCGGCCACGCUCAUCAUCAUAGAGGUGAUACCCUUCCUGGUGCUGGCGGUGGGCGUGGACAACAUCUUCAUCCUGGUGCAGACGCACCAGCGAGAGCUGCGCCGUCCCGGCGAGAGUCACCAGGAGCACGUGGCCCGCAUCCUGGCUUCGGUGGGGCCGUCCAUGCUGCUCACCUCCGUCUCCGAGUCGUGCUGCUUCUUCCUGGGCGCGUUGUCGGACAUGCCGGCCGUGCGGGCAUUCGCGCUGUACGCGGGUCUGGCGCUGCUCGCCGACUUCAUCCUGCAGGUGACGUGCUUCGUCAGUCUGCUCCUGCUGGACACCAUCCGCCAGACCGCCAACCGGCUGGACGUGUGCUGCUUCGUGCACGGCCCCAAGGCGGACCCGGUCGACGCCGCAGACGGCCUGCUCUACAAGUUCUUCAACCUGGCGUACACGCCCUUCCUGCUGAGCAAGCUGGUGCGGCCGCUGGUGGUGGUGGUGUUCUUCGGCUGGCUGUGCCUGAGCCUGGCCGUGGUGCCCCGAGUGGGCAUCGGCCUGGACCAGGAGCUGUCCAUGCCCGAGGACUCCUACGUGCUCAAGUACUUCCAGGCGAUGAACUCCUACCUGUCCAUCGGGCCACCCAUGUACUUCGUGGUGAACGGCAGCGUGGACUACUCCCGGACGGAGGUGCAGAACAUGUUCUGUGGCGGCCAGCACUGCAACCAGGACUCGCUGCUGACGCAGGUGUACCUGGCCUCCCGGCGCUCCGCCAGGACGUAUAUAGCACGGCCUGCAUCGUCCUGGUUGGAUGAUUACGUAGAUUGGUCAACUUCACCCUCUUGCUGCAAGAUCUUUCCAAAUAACCACUCCUUCUGCCCUCAUGACACGUACACGUGCGACGACUGCAACAUCGCGGUGAACACCUCCCUGAACCGGCCCAAGCCCGAGGAGUUCCGCAAGUACCUGCCGUUCUUCCUGGAGGACAACCCCACGGCCAGCUGCAGCAAGGCGGGCCACGCGGCGUACUCGAGCGGGGUGAACUACGUCCUGGACCAGCGGGGGCUGGCCUCCGUCGGGGCCAACUACUUCACCGCCUUCCACAACCUGCUGAAGACCUCGCCCGACUACUACGAGUCCAUCCGCUCGGCCCGGCAGAUCUCCGACAACAUCUCCAGCACCAUCAACGACCGCCUGAGGGCUCUCGGCCUCAACCAGACCGUGGAGGUGUUCCCCUACAGCGUCUUCUACGUGUUCUUCGAGCAGUACCUCACCAUGUGGCACGACACGCUCAAGAGCCUCGGCAUCUCGCUGCUGGCCAUCUUCGUGGUCACCUUCGUGCUGAUGGGCUUCGACAUCUUCUCGUCCGUGGUGGUGAUAGUCACCAUCACCAUGAUCGUCGUCGACCUGGGCGGGCUCAUGUACUUCUGGGGGAUCACGCUCAACGCCGUCUCGCUGGUCAACCUCGUCAUGGCGGUGGGCAUUGCGGUGGAGUUCUGCAGCCAUCUGGUGCACUCGUUUGCCGUUGCCGUGGGGGAGACCCGCGUGGAGCGAGCGGCGUCCUCCCUCACCACCAUGGGCAGCUCGGUGUUCUCGGGCAUCACGCUCACCAAGUUUGGCGGCAUCAUGGUCCUGGGCUUCGCCAAGUCGCAGAUAUUCCAGGUGUUCUACUUCAGGAUGUACCUGGGCAUAGUCCUGUUCGGGGCCGCUCACGGCCUGGUGUUCCUGCCCGUGCUGCUCAGCUACAUAGGUCCGCCCGUGAACCGGGAGAAACUCGCAGCGCACAGACAGGUGCGCGGAGACCUGCGUGCCCCCACGUGUGAAGAGUCCUCUCUAAACACAGUAAGCAUGAAGGCGUCUUGGGAGCGCGGUUGUAACUCCGCCGACAGGACUGAUGCGUCGACCCCGGGGCGCGGCGAGUACCGUGCGAGAGCCGUGUCUGAGUGCUCCUGCUGACCAGAGCCCCGGGCCCUCGUCUCGGCUGCUGUGGCCGGAGGUGCCCCGUCACGCCUACCACAGCAUCAGCUACUGACUCACUGUCCUCUACUUCCUUUUAAACUAAUUUUUUGGUUUCAAAUUUUUUCCUUGCCUUUUUAUUCAAGCAAAUUUUUACCAGAUCGGUAAUGGAUUAUUGAUAUAAAUUGUACUUUUACACCUUUUGUGGACUUAAGUUAAAUAGCAUUUUAAAAAAAAUAUUUUUUAGGAAAAGGUUGAAGCACAUCACUUUGUAAAGUAUUUUAAUUUGUAGUCGAUUCUCAAUUUGUGUGCCUUCUACUACAGCGCAGGUAAUACGUGUACCUCGUCAGUUUUUAAUACAGGCGGGGCCGCGAAAUGGUGUGUUAUCAGAUAAUUACAAUAUUUUUGUUUGUGCUGAAUGGGUUUUGGAGAUUAUUGUUAAACAUUUGUAUUUACUAAAAUGCUAAGCAUUCUUCAUACUCCAUCCGUGCAGAAGUUCGAUGUGAACAAUACAGCAAUAUUUACUUUAAAGUAUUUGUCUAUAUCAAGGAGUGAAUGUAUUUGAGUCUCCGUUGUUUCUCAUUUCUGCAUAGUUUUAAGUCAGUUUUGAAACAUGCUGUGUGUGUAGUGAGUGAUGAAUGAAUUUUUUUCCCUGUGUUUUAUGUAUGUUAGCAGCUAUAGUUGAUUGAAAAGCUUUAAAAAUAUUAUUACUUAGUAUAUAGAUUGCUGGUUUUUCAUAUUCUCAUGUCUCGUUAUUUGAAACUGAGAUGUUCUAGGCAGGACUGUAAGCUUUAACUUACCAGU